UGUAAAACAGGGUUUCAUUAAUAUCACGUUUUCAACAGGCGUCAUCAUUCAAACAGAUCUUGUCUAACUACAUCUCAUGAAUGAUUGGGGCUCGUCUUUAGACAUCCAUUCUUCUUUGUUGAACAUCAGCUUUUCUUACUAGAGUAUUUAAAGGAAGUCGUGAAAGUCGUUUAGACUCGCCGCUAAUAAAAACAGCUAUCUUCAAAUGCAUCUAGGCCAGUCGCUUGAUUGGCUAAAAGUUACCGGACGACCUAAAUCAGUGAUCUGGAACAUCGUUGACUCUAAGAGGGUGACCUAGAUUUAAGAUUGUCAUACGUGUUAGUCUGACCCAGGUGCACAGUAUGGGAUAGCUACAUUCAUUUUCAUUCAUUAAGACAUUUUCAAGAAAGAAUAUACUCUAUAUGUCAAUCUUUGGGUAAGAAGAAACAGGUUGGAACUCACUGGGGUUGAAGGAAGGUGAGCUUCAGAUUAACAUCUUUAUUUAUAUUAAUGAGACACCGUGAAUUAUUAUUAUUAUUAUUAUGAGACCUUAAUGAGAUACACGGUGUCUCAUUAAUUUACUUAAAAUCUUUAUCGCGGUCCGCCCCUCUCAUAAUUAGUUAAUAUUUAUAUUAAAACAUUUAGAAAAUAAUCGUUCCUAGAAAUCAGUUUUCUCUGUUCCCAUUGCUGUCUUAAAUUAAUUUCCUAUAGUUUUUUUAAUCCCCAAUCACAUUCGAUCAAGUGUCUUAAGCCACCAAACACCAACAAGAAAUGGCGAAGAGACAACUUGGUCCUGGCAAGGGAGCCUUGAAUCCCGAAGAUGCGAUACGUCUACAGAAAAAUGCAGCAUUUAUUGAAAGCCACGUCGACGGCAAGAACCUCACGUCGUCUCUCCUUAACGACUCGGUGAGUACGUUUGUUGUCAGGCAAGUUAACCUUAGCGUUAUAAGCAAUUAACAACUUAGUUUCCUCAUGUUUCUGAGAUGUGUUCGUUAUCAUAAACGCACUUGUAUUGUGUUUAAAGCCUGAUACACAUACCAGAGUAACAACAUACUUAACACAUUGACAGCACAUGCGGCAAUUUAGCUACCCAUGACUGAGUCGCUAUACAUGUCAGAAUCGCUAUACAUACGAAAAAUCACUACACAAUUGACAUAAUCACUAUACAUAUGACAGAAUCACCAGACAUAUGACAAAAUCUCAAUACACAUAACAGAGCGAUUAAUCAGUUUACUCCAAAUUGCAGUUUUAUAUUUCAAUCUCGUCUAUUCCCAUAACGUGUACAACUAAUAUUUAAAAUAUGACUUUUACGCCCAACUCAAGCUGAAAUCAUCUCAGUCAUGGUAAAGUUAUGGGGCACAUCAGUUAUAAACAUAUUAUCUAAUCAUUGUAAAGUAAUUAGUCAUCUCAACUGUACACAUAUUAUCUAAUCAAUUGAACGUAAUGGGGCAUCGCAAUUAUAAUCAUAUUAUCUAAACAUUGUAAAGUAAUUUGGCAUCUAAAAUAUACACAGAUGAUCUAAUCAUUGUAAAGUAAUGGGGCACCUAAAUUAUAAACAGAUUAUCAAAUCAUUGUAAAAUAAUGGGUCACCUUAAUUGUACAUAGAUUAUCUAAUUCUAGUGAACUAAUGUUGUACCUCACUCGAACCUAGAUUAUCUAAGCUUGUUUAACACAUGUGUGACCCCCACUUGUAAGCAUAUCAUCUAAUCACAGUGAACUAAUGUACCUCACACCUAACCAGAUUAUCGACCAGGCUGAUGUGGACUUGGUGUCUGCUGGAAAGACAGGUCUACAGCGCUCCAGGACCUUGCUCAAUAUCUUAGGAAAGCGCGGUCCGAGGGCUUACCAAGGAUUUUUGCGAGCUUUGCGUUCUAAUGGCUACGGAGAUGUUACCAGUGUCAUUGAGGAUAAAGAAGGUAAGCAGAGCGUUCUAAUGGCUACGGAGAUAUUACCAAUGUCAUUGAGGAUAAAGAAGGUAAGCAGAGCGUUCUAAUGGCUACGGAGAUGUUACCAAUGUCAUUGAGGAUAAAGAAGGUAAGCAGAGCGUUCUAAUGGCUACGGAGAUAUUACCAAUGUCAUUGAGGAUAAAGAAGGUAAGCAGAGCGUUCUAAUGGCUACGGAGAUGUUACCAAUGUCAUUGAGGAUAAAGAAGGUAAGCAGAGCGUUCUAAUGGCUACGGAGAUAUUACCAAUGUCAUUGAGGAUAAAGAAGGUAAGCAGAGCGUUCUAAUGGCUACGGAGAUGUUACCAAUGUCAUUGAGGAUAAAGAAGGUAAGCAGUGCGUUCUAAUGGCUACGGAGAUGUUACCAAUGUCAUUGAGGAUAAAGAAGGUAAGCAGUGCGUUCUAAUGGCUACGGAGAUGUUACCAAUGUCAUUGGGGAUAAAGAAGGUAAGCAGUGCGUUCUAAUGGCUACGGAGAUGUUACCAAUGUCAUUGAGGAUAAAGAAGGUAAGCAGUGCGUUCUAAUGGCUACGGAGAUGUUACCAAUGUCAUUGAGGAUAAAGAAGGUAAGCAGUGCGUUCUAAUGGCUACGGAGAUGUUACCAAUGUCAUUGAGGAUAAAGAAGGUAAGCAGUGCGUUCUAAUGGCUACGGAGAUGUUACCAAUGUCAUUGAGGAUAAAGAAGGUAAGCAGUGCGUUCUAAUGGCUACGGAGAUGUUACCAAUGUCAUUGAGGAUAAAGAAGGUAAGCAGUGCGUUCUAAUGGCUACGGAGAUGUUACCAAUGUCAUUGAGGAUAAAGAAGGUAAGCAGUGCGUUCUAAUGGCUACUUAGAUGUUACCAAUGUCAUUGAGGAUAAAGAAGGUAAGCAGUGCGUUCUAAUGGCUACGGAGAUAUUACCAAUGUCAUUGAGGAUAAAGAAGGUAAGCAGUGCGUUCUAAUGGCUACGGAGAUGUUACCAAUGUCAUUGAGGAUAAAGAAGAUAAGCAGUGCGUUCUAAUGGCUACGGAAAUAUUACCAAUGUCAUUGAGGAUAAAGAAGGUAAGCAGUGCGUUCUAAUGGCUACGGAGAUGUUACCAAUGUCAUUGAGGAUAAAGAAGGUAAGCACGGACACCCAGAAAGUUAAGAGCUGACACAAUUUAUACACUGAGAGGAUUGAAUAUAAUUUUUUUUUUAAAUUUGAUAAUCUUACGUCCACGUCCAGACUACACAGAGUCGGGUGACACGAUUAUCGGCCUCGAUAAACGGCAAUUUCUGAAAAAUGUUACAUUUCGAAUGUGUCAAUAAAAAUGCUCUUCACAGACGUCAUCACAUGUUGAUAUAAAGGCCCCAAAGCUAAGACAGGUUGACCCGACUAGUACAGUUGGGGUGUGGCUAAUGUGGUGUGUGUGGUUGAUGUGUUGUUGGGGUGUGUUGUUGGGGUGUGUUGUUGGGAUGUGUUGUUGGGGUGUUGUUGGUGUGUUGUUGGUGUGUGGUUGGUGUGUUGUUCGGGUGUGUUGUUCGGGUGUUUUGUUCGGGUGUGUUGUUGGUGUGUUGUUCGGGUGUGUUGUUCGAGGGUGGUGUUGGUGUGUUGUGGGUGUGUGGUUGGUGUGUGGUUGGUGUGUUGUUGGUGUGUGGUUGGUGUGUGGCUGGGCUGUGUUGUUGGUGUGUUUUGUUGGUGUGUGGUUGGUGUUAGUUUGUUGUGUGGCUGGUGUGUGGUCGGUGUGUUGUUGGGAUGUGUUGUUGGUGUGUUGUCGGUGUGUUGUUGGUGUGUUGUUGGGUUUUGGUUGUUGUGUUGUUGGUGUGUUGUUGGUGUGUUGUUGGUGUGUUGUUGGGGUGUGUUGUUGGGGUGUGUUGUUGGGUUGUGUUGUUCGGGUGUGUUCUUUGGGUGUGUUGUUGGUGUGUUGUUGGUGUGUUGUUGGUGUGUGGUUGGUGUGUGGUUGGUGUGUAGUUGGUGUGUUGUGGGUGUGUGGUUGGUGUGUUAUUCGGGUGUGUUGUUGGUGUGUUGUUUGUGUGUGGUUGGUGUGUUGUUGGUGUGUUGUUGGUGUGUUGUUGGUGUGUUGUUGGUGUGUGGUUGGUGUGUGGUUGGGGUGUGUUGUUGGUGUGUUUUGUUGGUGUUAGGUUGUUGUGUGGUUGGUGUGUGGUUGGUGUGUGGUUGGUGUGUUGUUGGUGUGUUGUCGGUGUGUUGUUGGUGUAUUGUUGGGUUUUGGUUGGUGUGUUGUAGGGUUGCUGUUGGUGUGUUGUUGGGGUGUGUCGUUGGGGUGUGUUUUUGUGUGUAUAUUUAAUAUUUUUUUAAACGUUUACCGAUAUAUUUGACUCUCCGUUUAAAUAAGUGUGUACAAUGAUUUCAGCUGUUUCGGAAGGCCUGACAGAAGCCAAUGAGGAAGAGAUCGUGAAGCCAGCACAUGCAGAAAAGAGGCAAGUGAUCUAAGUGUUCGCUACUUUAAAUAAAAUGUGCAACCCUCUAGUUUAACAUUAACUAUUUAAAAUGAAACAGUUUGGGUGAGAUUUCGUCUAAACCGAUUGUUCUCAAUGGAGACGGUUUAUAAGAGGGAGGGGCCAAGUCUUGGUAGAUUUUAGGGGGCACUGGGGCUCUAAUGGGGGGCGUUGGCGGAUUAUAUUGGAAAUUAUUAUGUUUGACAUAUAUUAGCAUUAUAAUUCAAAAGGUGGAUUAGAACCUAAGUUUGGUAUUCAUUGUCAGUAACAAAGAGACGUUGACGGUCUGUGUUCCAUUCAAAUCACUGUAUUUGGUUUAUGUGUCAGCCUAGUGUCAGGCUGUUAACGUGGGGUUGCCCUGCUUUGUUCACGACGACUCUAUCAUGUAAAUGAAGUUUCUGCUGAGAGACCUCAAACCAAGCAUUGAAAUAUAAUCAAACGCUACAGUUACUAACUCCAUGCUUCCAUCACAUUAAAAAUAUUGAACAGUGAAGACGUUAGAAAUCUAAAAAUCAAUGAUCAUAAAUAAGGAUACAACAUUUGAAUUUUGAUUAAUUUUUCAAAUAUAUGUCACAAUAUCCUAUUGCCUUUAUCUCUAUCCUCUAUCUUCAAUAGAGAGUCACAAAUAAUUUAGUCUGAGAAUGCUUUUAAUUGGGCUCGAGAGGGGGCGAUCACUGCGAGUUUAUGGACCCAAAGGGAGCAAAGUCAGGGAAAAAGUUUGCGAACCACUGGUCUAAAGACUAAACGCUUAAAAUUAAAAGCCAUGUACGCACGGGAUUUUUAAAAAGUGAAGCCAUGGGUCUAUUUGAAAUGAAAUGCUUAAUAUUGAAAAACGCUUUUGAUUUAAUGGGCCAGGAAUACAUUUUAGCCGUUUCUAUUCUGCUGUUAUUCCUAACUAGAUCUCAUUGAGUAUGCCAUGGUUUUUCCGAGCGCAGUCUGGAAAAAUAAUUUUGGUAACAUUCUACACGCUUAUUCAAGCCUCAAUAUAUUUUUUUUUAAAAUUUGAAUAAAAUUGUAAAUUUUUCAUAAAAUGUCUUCCCUAAUUGGAUAUGGAAAAGAGAGAUCUCUUAGUAAUAGUUUUUUGUGCGGUGAUUUCUUGGUAUUUUCAGCUUUGCGGCUUGGCCAUUCCCCACGUAGCCCGUUCUCUCAUCGGAUGACACUGUGACGUAUUCGACAGCUUGAUAACGUUUGCUUCCUGUCCAGGGUAUGCGGAAUUAAAUAUGAAGCUCUCUUAGCAGACGACUACGACAUAUUUCGGAUAUGACGUCACUUUGUCAAUAAAGAUCUCGUACAUG